GCCCACCCACCUUUUUCUUCUUUUCUAUCGCCAUAGCUCAGAGCCCAAACUCCAAAGAAGAACCACCAACCCGUCUAUAUUUACUACUUUUUCCACUCGUAAUUCCUGCCUCUAAACACACCAACUACCGUGUAUAUUUACUCUGCGUUUUCAUAUAACACCUGUAAUUUAGAGCAGCCAUUUCCUUUGCCUAGACAAGCAUCAAAAAGUACUAGUUUCUACAUUAUUUGUAAGCUCUCCUGUCCUUCUCUGAAGAAUGACCACCAUCCCCACCAGCUUCAAGUUCAACGUCAUUGUUGACAAAGCGCACAUCCAUACUGAGCUCGGGCCCGCCGAGAUUGUGGUUAGCCUUGAUACCAAGCCUGAAGACCCUGUGUUUAUCGCCCUGACUCUGUCCAGCGAGGACACCCAGCGCAUUGCAUACCACGCAUCGCUCGAGAAUGCCGAGUCUGAUAAGCUUGUGCGCAUUACUUUCCGUAUCAACGGGACCGACUUGGAGUUGCCGACACCGAAAAACUUCAUUGACGAGGUGUUUACCAACGGCACGCCCUCCCACCAGGACAUUGUGAGCACGUACACAAUUACCAACCUGGCCCUGCCGCCUGACGCCCAAAUUGACGGAAGCGAGAUCGAUUUCCAGGAAACUAGAGAUGUUAUUUCCCCAGCCCCCCGCGUCGGGCAUGUCGAGGGCAGUUUUUCGACCUCCUCCUCGUAUAUUGAUCUGCCGUCUGUCGGGCUUCGCGAAAAGGGCUUGGCCGAUUUGCCGAUUGCCGGUGACGAGCCAGUCCUUGUUGAUGCUGCUUACAAUGACGAGUCGCCGGUAGGCGAGAGCGAGUACGACGUCAUUUCGGGUGCUGCUUCGGAUAAGCGCGCCGAUUCGCCCCUCCAGCAGGACCACGAGGCUGCUCCACUCGAUAACGAUUACACACCAAAGGAUGAGGAGUCCGUCUCUGGUGAUCUUGCCGCAGGGGAAUACUCCUGUUGUUGAUGUGGUUGCGAUCGAAAGUGCCACAGAUGCUGUUUCAGCAACUGAAGCGUCGGUAGCCGUGGAGUCGUCACCAGUAGAGACCAUUUCAGUUAAACGAGGGCCAGAUAGCUGAAGAGGCUGCACCUUCAACAGGUGCUGCAAGCACUGCUCCUGCUACCGAGGAAACACAGGUCC